CUCAUGUCUCUCAACAUUAUUUUAUACAAACAUUCAUACAAUUCUCAGUCAACACUAAAACAGAUCCAAAUGUUGAUUCAGAUUGUAAUGAAUACACUCGCGGCUCAAUUUCAUAGAUGUCGUCCACUCAACGAACACAUGCAAAGUCCUAUACCAUCCCGUUCUCGAGAUUUGAGUACAGCAUCAGUAGAUUUAGAGCAAAUCCAAGAACAGGAACAAAGUAUUGACUCUCAAACAGAAGACAACGAUAUGUUUUCUCCGAAACUCAACGAAACGGUCAGCGCUUUCUCUAGUGAUGCCGACGAUGAGGACAAGGAGACCGAACCCAUCAGUGAGAGUCCAAAAGCAAGAGUUGUCGAUAAAUUUGAGGAUUUAAUAAUAGACAAUAAAACUAAUGACUUAAUUAGUACAGCAAUUGAGUCAAAAGUAGAGAAUUUAGCGCAAGAUUUAGUGAAAGAAAAACCAGAGCUUAAGACUAAUGAGAUGACAGUUGCCAACAAACCAGAGCUUAUUUUGGCCAACAAUACGAUAGAGAAGGAGGAAAUUGUUGGCGAAAAAGUGAUUGAUGUAAACGAUAUGUUAACCAAUUCACAGAAACCUCCAUAUCAUCCACCGGUGCAACGAAUAAGCCGUCAAUUGUCGCCAACGGCUAACAGACAUAAAAUGCAAAGAAUGGAAGCCAUCGAGGGUUCACUCAAACUGAAGAAGAAUAAGAAAGACUUGAAUGAAAAACAGUGUCCAACAAAUGUAGCCGACAUUCCCACUCAUAAUUCAUUGACUCGUUUCGGAAGUGUAGACGAAAAGUGUUCAACUCAUGAAAGCGGACAUAAAGUGCUGCGAAAUGUGAACAGCAGUGACAGCGCGGAUACAAAAGUGUCAAAGUCUACGUGGACUAUAGAAAUACAUUCUCCGGUCAAACUUCAGCCCAUUUUGCCGAGACAUGAGCCAAGACUGUCGCACAUGAGGUUUGAGAAGCCAUAA